GACAAAGACCAAGAAAGAACCCGGAGAUAGGGAGGGUAUGGGGAGAGGGACUAAUCCUUGCCGACGCCACACUGCAUCUAUCUCCUGCCUGGAGCAAGCAUGGCAUCGAGCACUUGCUUCAAGUCCUUCCCCAUAUAUUAGCCAGCUAGCUGUCCCGGCUGGAUAGAUAGAGGAGAGAGUGGGGGAGAAGCAUGGGCCAUUGGCCAUGGUGAUCACCGUCAUUCCGUCAAACACCUUGCUCGUGUGAUGUCCUCGGAGCACUAGAAGAGGGUUUCUUUUUUCCAUAGGGGAGAGGAAUAGAGGGAGGAGCGCAAGAAGGGAAGGGGGAUGAAGGAGGGAGAGAGGUCAAGAAUGGCUGCGCCGGCCGCCGACGCCGCUCUGGCCGGCCUCCUCCUCGCCCUCGUGACGGUGGUCGGAGCCGACACCGACGCGGCCGACGUUGCUGCUUUGGUGAAUCUCUAUACCUCCUGGAACAGCCCGGCGCAGCUCACCGGUUGGUCGGCCGGCGGCGGCGACCCCUGCGGCGCCGCGUGGAUGGGCGUCUCCUGCUCAGGCUCUGCUAUCACCUCAAUCAACCUUUCUGGUAUGGGGUUGAACGGUACUCUUGGUUACCAACUGUCCGAUCUAGUAGCAUUGAAAACGAUGGACUUGAGUAACAACAACUUGCAUGAUGCAAUUCCUUACCAGUUGCCACCUAAUCUUACUUAUCUGAGUUUGGCAAGCAAUAACUUUUCUGGCAACCUUCCAUACUCUAUAUCCAACAUGUUAUCACUUGUCUACCUCAACCUCAGUCACAACUCGCUGUUUCAGGAAAUUGGUGAACUAUUUGGAAACCUCAAUUCACUUUCUGAAUUGGAUGUAUCUUUCAACAACAUGUCAGGGAAUCUUCCAAUGUCUUUUAUCUCUUUGUCAAAUCUUUCUAGCCUUUAUAUGCAAAAUAAUCAACUAUCAGGCACUGUCAAUGUCCUCAGCAACCUAAGCCUUACUACAUUAAAUAUAGCCAACAACAACUUCAGCGGCUUGAUACCUGGGGAAUUAAGUUCCAUUCCAAAUUUAACACUUGGUGGAAACUCAUUUAUCAAUAUGCCUGCAUCUCCACCACCAACUCUCAUGCCACCGCCUCAGAGUCCACUUGAUCAGCCAGAAUAUCCUCAAGCACCAAUAAGUUUUCCAGAUCGUCCUCAGAUUCCUAAUAAUCAAGGUCGGAAGAAGCAAGGUCUGCAAACAGGUCGGCUCAUAGGGGUGGUUGUUGGUUCAAUAGCUGCUGGCUCAUGUAUACUUUUUGUGUUGGUGUUCUGCCUUCACAAUGUCCAUAGAAGAAAGGAUGGUGGGAGCAGUGAAUCAAAAGACCAUGUAGGUUCCCUUGCAGUGAACAUAGACAGAGGUUCUAACAGGGAAAUCUUGGACAAGAGCCAUCAAGAUGCUUCUGUAGCAACUUCAACACUCCCGCAGCCUACUGGAAAAAUGACUCCUGAGAGGGUAUAUGGUACAAAUGGUUCUCCAGCAAAAAAGAUAAAGGUUCCUAGUGCCGCGACUUCUUAUACUGUUGCUUCUCUCCAAGUUGCUACAAACAGCUUCUGUCAAGAUUCCCUUCUAGGAGAGGGUUCACUUGGUCGUGUUUACAGGGCUGAUUUCCCCAAUGGAAAGGUACUUGCUUUGAAGAAGAUAGACAGUGCUGCACUUUCCUUGUAUGAAGAAGAUCAUUUUCUUGAGGUUGUGUCCAACAUUUCUCGGCUUAGGCACCCGAACAUUGUGUCGCUUACGGGCUAUUGUGUUGAACAUGGGCAAAGGCUUCUUGUGUAUCAGUACAUUGGAAAUGGUACACUGCAUGAUUUACUGCACUUUUCUGAAGAAGCGAGCAAGAACCUUACGUGGAAUGCCCGUGUGAGGAUAGUCCUAGGCACUGCUCGAGCUUUAGAGUACCUGCAUGAGGUGUGCCUGCCCCCUGUUGUACAUAGAAACCUAAAGUCAUCAAAUAUCCUGCUUGAUGAAGAGUACAGCCCACAUCUGUCUGACUGUGGGCUUGCUGCCCUAUCACCAAAUCCUGAGAGAGAGGUAUCAACUGAGGUGGUUGGCUCUUUUGGAUACAGUGCCCCAGAGUUUGCCAUGUCAGGAACAUACACCGUAAAGAGCGACGUGUACAGUUUUGGAGUAGUGAUGUUAGAGCUACUGACAGGCCGUAAGCCGCUAGACAGAUCCAGAGAGAGGUCGGAACAGUCCCUUGUUGGGUGGGCAACCCCGCAGCUUCAUGACAUUGAUGCGCUCGCCAAGAUGGUCGAUCCAGCAAUGGAUGGGAUGUAUCCUGCGAAGUCCCUCUCCCGGUUCGCAGACAUAAUUGCAUUGUGUGUUCAGCCUGAACCGGAGUUCCGUCCACCGAUGUCGGAGGUUGUCCAGCAACUGGUGCGCCUGUUGCAGAGGGCUAGCAUGCUAAGACGACAAUCGGCAGAGGAUCUGGGAUCUUCGUACCGUGCCCCCGAGCGCGAAGGCGGAGGUGCGGCAUGGGACGCAUUCUAAGACCAAACUCUUGUCACCUAUAGUAGUACUCCAUAAUACAGGAGGUCAAGCAAGAAGAAUACAAUACACCGUCCAGCGAUUUUCAUCUGGUAUUUAUCCGUGAGGUUGGUUAUCUAUUUUGAACUGCUGAGAAUUUUGUGAUUUGCAUGUGCAGAAUUACUCCCUCCGUCUCAUAUUAAGUCCGUUCCAUAUCAAGUGACUCAAAUUUGUCCAAAUAUAUAUGUAUCUAUGCCUAAAAAAUAUCUAGAUACAUGUAAUAUAAAGUCACUUAAUAUGGAACAUAGGGAUUAUCUAUUACGACGAUUGGUCUGAUUGUGUAUAUGUAUGUAUAUAAAAAAUGCAAGAAGAAGACGGGGUAUGGACUGA